UACACUUUACAUUUCUGCAGAGCACAUUGAAAAUUCAGUAUGAAACUUUCCGCUUGUCUAGUGCUUUCCUCCCUCCUGUGUGUAAUCUCUGUUCUUCAACAAGCAGAUACAGAACUGUACUUUGCAGUCCCCAGGUGCCAGUGCCAUCAAACCAUCAACGAAAUUCACCAGAAACACAUUAAGUCUUUUAAAAUUAACAUACCAUAUGAAUACUGCAAAUUUACAGAAAUCAUAUUAACCUUGAAAGAUUCCAGAGAUGUAUGCUUGAAUAGACAGGCAAAGAUGGGAAGAAACCUGAUUCGUUGCUGGAAAAGGCAUUCAAGCAUUGAUAAGUGUAGGAAAAAUGUUUUUAAACGGAAGAAUUCAAAAGGCCAAAGAAAACCCAAAACAGAUUCUGGUGGAUCCACUUGACUGGCUGUCACUCCCAUUAAAAACUAAUGAAACCAAAGAGACUACCUAAAAUAUUACAUAUAAAGCACAAUCACUUGUUUUCAAAUGUAUCUCUAUGAGGGCCUCUGCACGUUUCUUACAUCAAUGUCUAUUUCGCAUAACAGAAAGAAAGAAAAUACUAUUUUGGUGUUUUAGGGCUCACUUCAAAUGUUACAGAUACCUUUUCAUGGUUUUGGCAUUUCUGUUUUGAUUGAAUGUACUGUACUUAUUUCAUUUUUAAAAAUGUCAUUUUACAUGUUUCUGAAAGGCUGUGUGAAAGACUGGAGUGUGCUGUAACUAUGCUGGUCUUGGUGUUACAGCGCCACCAUGUGUACCAAAGCAAAAGGUACAACUAAAAAUGUAUAUUUUUUAAAAGGUAUUCUCAGCUUUAAUAUAAUUAUAGCUGAAAACUACUUCUGGGAGGGAUGAAUAUUUUUAUAGUAUCCUUAAGGGAUGAUGAGUAUAAUACUGAUAAGGGGAGAAUUCAGAGAUUUGUCACUUUUGAUACACUGUCUAGCUCUGUUACAGGCCUUCGUGCCAAGUCCUAACUUUGUAAGAUGAUUUAUAAUGAAAAAAUAUUUACACUUGUAAAGCAAAUGGUAUGACGCGUCAAUUUGUACAAAAACGCUUUUUGUUCCUUUUUCUUUUUUCUUUUAUGUUUGUUUGGGUUGCUGAAUGCAAUAGGAAAGCAAGGUAGUUCCUCUUGGCAGAUCCUGCAAGAGCAGCAGUAAGAACAUUACAUGAUGCUAUAUAAACUAAGAAUAUGGUAAAUGCCUCAACUGAUCAGUACAGCAUUUGUCUGCAUGUUUAGGUUACAGAUAUACAGAAAAGAAACUUUUUAUGCUAACAACAUGUUAUGUCGUUAUUCUUUUAAAUAGAAAAAAAAUUAUUUUUCCUUUUUAA